GUUACUUUUAGUUGCUACAAGUACAUGGAAAAUCAAUGGACUUGAGUUCGGACAAAGAGUACAGGCCACUGGUGGGCCAAUUUGAAGGCAAACAAAUUCAUAAUGAACGUCGCUCAUUAAAGCGAAGAAGAUGCCUUUUGGCAGCUUUACUGCUUAUAGGGACAUCAUUAGCACUAGUAUAUUCUCAAAUAUGGCUUUUCUGAACCGAGUUCUAAUAUCACAACAGUCUUCAAACCACCACUCAAAUUUGAAUAUCUCAUCAACACCACUCAACACAGUUGCACAGUUUCAAAAAUGCUCUAUCGACAACUUCGUUGCCACUGGAUUCCCAUUCUUAGACUCAGCAGCCCCGCUUCUGGUCUCUGAAUUUGAAAUGCGCAGAAACAGUCUUGCUGUCGCUCUAGAAGCUGACAGCGUCGAUGCGUUCGUUGUUGAGCCAGGUUACACUUUCAAGUACUACGCGAAUGUCAGCCAACCAGAAUGGGAAGUAUGGGAACCAGAAGAACGUCCCUUUUUGAUGGUUGUUCAACCCAUUCGCAAUAAAGAGAGCGGAAGAAUAGAAGCUGACGUGAAGUUUUUGGCACCAAGUUUUGAGGUUGAGAGAGCGAAAUUGUUGAGAAUGCCGUUCGUGAAUGGACCUAAAUUUGUUUCGUGGGAGGAACAUUGGAAUCCUUAUCAAACUCUACUUGAAAGCUGGGAUAAUACUACGAGGACCCCGAAGAUUAUGGUUGAUGAUGAGAUGAGAGAUUUCAUUCAGAGAGGGCUCGGUGAGAAUGGAUUCGAAGUGGUAGGUCUUGGGGGCGAAGUCGAGAGAGUCAAGCAGACGAAGACCCAGAGAGAAGUUGAAAUCGUAAGAGCUGUGAAUACGGGGACAGUAGAAGCUGUACGGGCAAUGAGGAAAUGUUUGUACCCUGGCCUAACGGAAAAUGAGGUGAUGGAGGUCUUGGAUAAUACGCUUCGAGUUGCGGGAAUGGAUCCGUUUUUCGAUAUUGUACUUUUCGGUUGGUUCCCAUAUCAGAAGUUCCACUCCAUACUUCCUACUGACAAGUUACUAGAUGAGGACGCUAGUAAUCCACAUGGUGGAACCGACGGCAGCAAGAUUCUUAAAGCUGAGACAUUUGUUCUGAUUGACGUCGGGUAAGUUCCUGAAACACCCAUCACAUUUGGAAGAUAUACUGAUAUAUGUAUUAGAGCACAUUUGUACGGAUAUUCAUCUGAUAUCUGCCGUACAUUCUUUCCUCCCUUCUUCCCAAAACCCACCACACCAUCUGACUUUGCGGCUUUAUCCCCAAUGGUCCAGGAGAAACUCUCCGUAUGGGAUAUUGUCCUCGAAGCCCAAACACAAUCAAUGCAUAAUUUGGUGGCAGGUAACAGCGCAGCCUCCGUCGAUAUCGCAGCACGAAAGGUCAUCACGGAUGCAGGUUAUGGCAAGGACUUCACUCAUCGUGUAGGGCAUGGAAUUGGCAUCAAGGCACACGAAAGUCCGUAUCUCAAUAAGGGAAAUGUUAACACCACAUUAAGAGCUGGGAUGACUUUUACGUCUGAGCCGGGUAUUUAUUUGGUUGACAAGUUUGGGGUGAGGCAUGAGGAUAUUUUGUUGGUAAAGGAGGAUGGCGAGCCGGAGAUACUGACGGGUGCAAGGGCUGUUGGUCCCUGGGAUCCU